CUCUAGCUUACUGUUUCUCCUCCCCAGUCUAUAGGGAGAGGCUAAUAUGCCCCCCGGUGCGCCAUACCAUGGAUUUAUAAGACCUUAUUCCAUCCGUGUAGACGAGUUUACGACUCCAUCCGACGACCCCACUUUCGUUCCACCAGCACUUCAUCUCCUCACACACACCCAUUCCGACCAUCUUACGGGUCUUGCAGCGAAAUCUUUUGCUUCGAAAGUAUGGUGCUCACAUGACGCGAAGGAAAUGUUGCUGAGGCUGGAACCGUAUAAGGAACGCAAGUUGAAGGAUUCAGACAUUCGGGAGGAUAAGAAGUUGGCGAAAGCCUAUCAGCAUUUGAAGGUCAGCCCGCAAGUUGUGGAUGGACGGAAGGAUUAUCAUGGGAGCAGGGAUCUUCUGCAUGCUGUUCCGUUGAACACGCCUAUUUCAUAUGAUAUGUCGGGAUUAGCAACUGUCAACAUCACACUAUUGGAUGCCAAUCACUGCCCUGGUGCUGUCAUGUAUCUCGUCGAAGGCUCAGAAGGCAACAUCCUUCACACAGGAGACUUUCGCGCAGAACCUCGCUUCCUAAACUCUAUUGCUAAAAAUCCUCACCUCCGAUCCUACCUAAGUCUCCCCGAACACGUCGAUGAUCUGUCCGGCGCUAGCAGAAGUGGUCGAGUAACUCGCAAGGGCGCGACUCUGGACGCGAUCUAUCUGGAUACUGCUUGCGUCUGGUCGAACAUCCAACAACCUUCGAAGGCGGAAGCAACGAACGGUCUGAUCUCCCUUAUGAAGCUCUAUGGUGCGACCACUACAUUCUUCAUUAACUCUUGGACAUGGGGGUAUGAAGACAUCCUCAUCGCCAUCGCGAUGGCCUUUGACACAAGGAUCCACGCCGACCGCUACAAACGCGAGAUCUACGGAUAUCUUGGCCUGAAAUCAUCCAGCUCACCAGCACGUGAUAGAGAUAUCAAACAUAUCUUCACAUAUGAUCCUGCUUCGACAAGGUUCCAUGCCUGCGAACGGUUUGAUAGAUGUGAGUAUUCGCCGGAUUAUAGGGCGUUUGAGAAGGCGGAUGGAAAGGAGGGCCAGGGAGCAGAGAUGAUAGAUUCGGAGAGCACCCUGGACUGGGGGAUGGCCAAGCAGCGUGCCAGUAAGGUCGUAUAUAUCAAUCCGGUCGACAUGAGCGCAGAGAAAUGGGCGGCGUAUCAGGAGGAGAUCAAAGCUUCUCUGGAGAGAGGCGAUUGUGUCUCAUCGCUCCUCGUCCCUUUAGGACGCCACUCUGCUCUCCCCGAACUGCAAUCCUUUGUCCGUAUGUUCAGGCCUGCGCGCAUAGUCCCCAACACACUCGAUCCGGCUCUCGAAGGCCUAGACUGGGACGUGAUCAACGUCAUAUUCGCUUCGUCGCUCCAUCCGUCGUCGCCCGCGGCUCAUCUUACCGAGGAGGAUAUCGAGGAUCUGUUGAACAGGCUGGAUAGGCUGAGUAAGCGCGAGAUGAGGGAUGCGAUGGUGCAGGGCAAGGGAAAGCAAGAUGCGGCGAUAAGCAAUCUGGAGGGAGGGAUUAGUGCGGCGAAGGCAGCGAGUAGGUGGGCGGAGAAUGGAAAUCAGGUCGGAGGGGAGGAAGAAAACCAGACGGGCGGGCGGAAGACAAAGAGAAAUGGAAAGGCGAGGAAAGGAAUAGGAUCGAAGAUGAAGAGGGUUUUAUUGCGGGUGUUGGAUCUACCUAUGCUGGAAGAUUGGGAUGACGACGACGAAGGAGAGACGGAUGGGACGCAGGAAAUCAGCCAAGAAAGUCAGGAGAGCGUCCUGCGAGCAACGAGUGAGGUUUGGAGAUCUGGCAGUGCUGAUCUAGUCCGUCACGAAGGAACAACAUAUUCUCCGAGAAUAGCGGCCACCUCUCCAUCUAGCCGCCAAAUUUCACCGUCAAAAUUGGCAUCCUCUUCGUCGAAGCUCAGGCCCUCUUCUACCAUCCUCAACCCCGCUGCCGAAAGACAUGUCCCCGUAGCCAACAUCCCCGUCCGCGUCUUCCCUUGGUCACCUGCCAAACGUCCUUCAGGGUCGAGCAUGAAGAGGUUGAAGUACGACAGCUCGAGAACGCGGCUUUACGAGGAGGAAGUCCGCAGCGAUGAAGAGACGCAGCAAGAUGGAUCGGGCAGUGCGAUGGAAUGGGUAUUGGAUGGUUGUAAGAAUAAAGUGGGGUCGGGGUCGUCGGACGUUGAGGGAGGAGAGUAUGGGAUGAAUGUGGACGAAGACGGCAGGGAUUUUGGAGCUCAUUCCAGAGUUAUGAUAGGGAAGCAGGUGGGGAUGGGUGAACCGGAAGCCGAGAUAGUUAGGGGGGGAGGUACACCGAAGAAGUCAAGGGCUAUGAGGAUGCCGUUGACGCCGGAGCCGGAGCCUGCACACCGACGACCUAGGAAGAAAAUGCAGCAUCAUCCUAAAACAGCCUUCCGCGAAGGCCACGAUCACCAUCGUUCGGCGAAGAGGACGCGGAACCCGCCUCCUAUCCCACUCAAUACGAAGACUAUUCAUCCUCAUUCUUCUCCGGAACCUUCUGGCUCUCAUCUUCCUCAGCAUAAUCAGUUCGCGACUACCAGUCAUACCUCAAUGCAAUCUGAAAUCUCUUACCAACCGACCGCUCCAGGGUUCCACAUCGCCGCUAUUCCUACACCACUCGGCCGCCACAUGCAAGAUCCAAUGCCAGACUCAACUGUGUCUCCUCUUGUUGCCAUCAUCAACCACCACCCCUCCUCUCAACAUCAUUCCCAGCCUCAGUCCAUACCCGAUUUCGACCCAGCUCUAGCCUCGCAAGACGACACUGAGACCACUCACAUGGAGCACGGGCAAAAGCGACGGCGGAUCGAGGAGUGGUUGGGCGAAGAAUCUGUUGAAAGGGUCCCCGCGACGACAUCGCAUUCUCCAAACAGAGCGGAGUCCUGCGAAACCGAAAGUCAAGCUCGCGUCACUCCCUUCUACGCCACUCCCUUCUACGCCACCUCCCUCAUUGCUUUCUAA